AUGGAGGCUACUCAGAUUUUUAAUAAAAUAUCAGAACUCGCUCAAGAUAAUAGUAAACAGGAAGAAUUGCGAAAUCUUUGUAAAUUAAAACUUGAUAAGGUUUUACUAGAUUUACCCCGAAGAAUUUUGCGUAAUGACGGUGGCAAUCUAAUUGAUUGCAUUUUUAAGGGCUUGCCUGAUAAUACAUCCAUCAUUAAAGUUAAGGUAAUAGACACAAUUUUAAAAACUGUCAGAAAAGAGGCCAUGUCUAUCUCUCAUUGUGCCGAAGUCAUAAGUAGAGUUUGCCUUGAGCUUCCAAGAAUGCCUGUUGAGCACUUAGUCAGGUGGAGCAGUGAUAGUGUGCAAUCUAUAGUUGAAGAUUGUGACAUUAAUAUGAUAUGGAAAGAUAUUUUACCAGAGUGUCUUAAUGCUGUAUGUACUCAUACUCUUGUUAACCACUGUGGAUCAGAAAUGACAGGAGAGGAAUAUAAAACACAAUGUGUGCAUACAUUAUGUCAGUGUCGGUGGACUGAGAAGCAAUUGGUACAGUUAGCUGGUAUGUUCAAAGACAUGCAACUACCAAAAUCAGAACAUAAACAGGUUGUGAACAAAAUAUGUUCCUACAUAGUGGAUAUACCACCAGAAACGUUACCUCCCCUUGUACAUCAAUUGUUAAAAUUAUGCAAGUUGUACAAUACAGAGGUGGUUUUGUCACAUCUAAGUCACUACUUCAAUAUAAGGCUCUAUAGCAAGCUGGAACCCCCACCGCAGGACUCCGAGUCUACUACAUUGGAUAUUGAUGAUAUCGUACAAUAUAGUCACGCAGAAUUAAGUAGAUGUUUGUCCACAUGCCUCUAUCACAUAUCCCAAGGCGUGGCGGAACCGGAACUGAUACGAAAACAUAUAAAACAAUGGCCGAAAACACAAUUAUUGAGAUCGCCAUUCAUUAUUGAUUUAGCUCUCGCUGUGUCUGACAAAGGAACGGAUUUUAGAUCUGUAUGUUUAGAUGUUAUAAGAUCGGCAAUUGAAUUGAACAUAACAGAUAAGUUAAGAAGUAACGAAUCAUCGUGGGUGAGAUCUGUUCUGCCGCCUGACGUGGAUGUGGUCAAUGUGCUCAAAGUGCUGACAACUGAAAGUGCAAACCACCGUCAACUGACAGUGCUAGGUCUCAUCAACCUGUCCUUCUCUUUACUCUCCAUAUCAAAGUUAAAGCCCUCAGCAUCCCAGUGCUGGUCCCAUGGGAAGCUUAUCUUAGUAAGACUGUGCAAAGCACAGCCGGAGACAGCUGGACAUAUAUUGGGUCAACUCUCGGAUAGAUUGUUCAGUGAUCAGAAUUUACAGCAGUUUACAGAUUGUCUAUAUAUUCUGUGCAAAUUAACCCCGGUGUCUAUCGAGCGCUGCCCCCAACUGAUAACUAUAUUGGAGAACUGUCAGCCAUUGGGCUCGUACAUACACUCGGCCAACACGUACGAGGCGAUCCGGCCGCUGAUAGCGUUCAGUGCGCGCGUGCGGGACGCCCUCGUCAUGGUCUGCAGGAAGGGGCUAUACUCCAGGGAUUCCGCAUACCGUUGCCUCGCGUUAUCCGGCUUUCUAACAGUCCUGCGUCACAUCAAACUGUCAAAAGGCGCAGUGCUGAGCCAGAACAUGGCGGACGACUGCAGUGGACACUCCUACCUCACUCAGAUAACUGUGGACAUGCACGCGACCAGCCAGGGCUCCAUGGUUACUUCUCGUAUGCGUAACGAAACGAUAUGUUUGGAAGUGAUAUCGAUUUUGAGGCGAUGCCUCGUACAAGACGCUGCGGUAAAGCAACUUCUAUAUACUGAAAUGUACGAUUGUGCUAAAGAAAAGCCAGCACUACACGAGUCCAUAUUGGAAUUAUUUUAUGAACAUCUCAGCAAAUACGUGCAGGAGGAAGACGAAAUUAUACAGUUGAAUUUAGACGAAUGUGUACAACAGACACCUAUAACAGCGACUUUAACUGAGCCAAUAGGCCGAUUGCUGUACGUUCUCGCCCAAUUCAUACAACCAGUUAGUGAGGAUGACACGGAGGACUAUUUAGCGAGCCCGUCCGAUGAUAGCUCUGCGUAUUUGAAAAACAAAAUAAAGGACAUCAUGAACAAACUCUAUAAAGCUGAUCUAUUAGAUCUUAUUAAUAUGGAAGACGUAGGCAUAACAGAUUUGUCACCAGAGUCUAAAGCGAAGAGUUUGAAGAUUCAACAGCUCAUGCAGUGUUAUGAGGCGCUGAUAGCACACCAAGUACUGCAGUGGACGUCCGAUACCACCCUCGCGGAGUCUACUCAUAAACUGUGUAAGGCUCACACUCAGUUAUUGGAAAACACUAAGAGUUCACCAAAAACAAAGAAAAUUCCACUUUCUAGUCAAACAAAAGAGGAUAAUAAAAAGCAAAAGUCACCGAAAAAAGGUAAAGACGCGAAGGGCAAAGGUAAAAACAGUAAACCUUUAAGCGAAUCGCAGGAGACUGUAGCGGAAAAAACUCAGAAAACGCCGGAAAAAAAUAAAGGUACAAACUCAGGGAAAAGAACUUUAACACAGAAAAGUGAUAAGUCGCAAAAGUCACCGAAGAAAACCAAAGUGUCUAACUUAAUGAAGGACAGGGCCGGACCUUUUAAGCCUUUGCCGUGUUUGUGGGAUGUGCCGUUCUGUGUACGCAUUUUGGAAUUACUAUAUGGUGAAGAAGUGUGCUGGUCGUCGACCGAACAACGCAACUACAUACGAAGCAAGCGUGAUUUUCAUCUAUACACGUUAAAGAACAUUCAGAGCGUGUUGGGAGAGAGGAUGGAGAAACGUGUGGUUUCUACGCAUGUAGUGCGGGUUGCGCAAAUACUGUACCAGAGAUGUGUGUGCAGGUUUCAACAUAUGUGUGACUUUGACGAGCGUACGACACUUGCAUGUCUAGAAUUGUUUAAGACGAGUCUUAUUUUACUACUAUCGCCAACAUAUUCAUUGAAAAUAAACAUCGUUUUGUCAGGUAUAACUGACAUCACUAAUAAGCCCGAAUCUGCAUCUAUAGCAGACAUAUUGGAGAAGAUACUCUCAACGUUGACUUAUUUAGAGGCAGAGGCCGAGGAAGAAGACUUAGAUCUGACCAGGAAGAAAAUAUUGACGGCCUUUAUACAAAUAGCUUGUGUUCUGCUGGAAACACCUGUACUUGGCUGUAAUGUACUAAAUGGGGUAAUACUAAAGCUAGAAGACCACGUCCGCAGCAGUAAGCAGGCGGAGUCGCUGCAGCUGGUGCCGGCGCUGCUGGCGGCCGCGCGGCGCGAGCAGCGCGAGGCGGCCCUGCUCGCCCAGCUGCUGGACAAGCUCACGGUGGAGUUGGGGGUUGUUGAUGAGGAAGAACAGUCGUCAUCCAGUGGGGAGUCAACCCACUUCCCCACAAUCGACUCUCGCUCAGGCCACUCAGUGCUGAGCCACGUGUGCGCGCACCUGAGCAGCCGCUUCAAGUGCGCUGAGCAUUUGCUGAGCAGAGCACGUGACCUGACCGCGGCGCUGAGCAAUGCCGUACAUACGCACCAGCAACGGAUUGAUAAAGAACUAAAGGAGUUGUACAACUCAAUAAUAAUCGAGUUGUGCCAGCUGAGCACGCACACGGCGCGCGCGGCGGCGCUGCGCUGCGGCGUGGGCGGCGGCAGCGACCGCGUGCUGGGCGCCGCGCUGCGCCUCUACGCCUGCCUCGCCGCGCUCGCGCGCCAGCUCGACCCCGCCACGGCGGUCACCAUACGAUUUGACAGGCUGCUCAAGUUCACUGGAAAGAAGUUGUCAAUAGUUAUUGAUAGUCUCAUAACUUACUUGGAGUCUUCCCAACACCAGCAAAACGCUAGUAAAGUUCUUCGAGACACUAAGCUCAUACCGCGACUUGUACUCGAAGCGGAACAAUUCAGCAAACAUGUUAUACUUUUAGGAAGUAAAGCUAAGUUGAAUUACAAACAAUAUCUAUCCCUUGGCACGGCGAGGGACUUUAAAAUCAAAGCGCCGGUAUUACAGGAAGUGCUCAAUAUAAGAGACCCUACAGAAGAGACAAGAGAAGAAGAAGAAGUAGAUAUAAACGAUGCUGCGACCGAGAUCCUGUCACCUGUCGUGAGUGAAAGGGAAGAGAGUGACGAUGAACAGCCUAUAAUUAUCAAAAGAAAAAGAAAAUUA